AUGUUUAUCACGCCUAUAUCUUCUCUACAACGACCAGCCGACGACAUCGCACCAAUGGCCACCUCCGAGGACUCACUCCGACGAGGUCUUGCUGAGAAACAAUCAACGAUCGACGCGAGCGGCAACUCGAUACGCCAAUUGAAGUCUUCCGGCGCAUCAAAUUCGGAGAUAGACGACGCCGUUAAAGCACUCAAUGCUUUGAAACUCGAGAAAACAUCGAUCGAGACUCAACUGAAAGCUUCCAUUUCUGGUGAUGCUUACGGCUCUGUUAUGAGCAGGGAUGCGUUCCGUCAGGCCGUCGUUAAUACGCUCGAACGGCGUCUGUUUUACAUUCCCUCGUUUAAAAUUUACAGAGGUGUUGCUGGUUUAUAUGAUUAUGGUCCUCCUGGUUGCGCCGUUAAGUCUAACGUUCUUGCUUUCUGGCGUCAGCAUUUUGUUCUGGAGGAGGACAUGCUAGAAGUUGAUUGUCCUUGUGUCACCCCUGAAGUUGUCUUGAAAGCAUCUGGUCAUGUUGAUAAGUUUACUGACCUUAUGGUUAAAGAUGAAAAGACUGGAACAUGUUACAGAGCUGAUCACCUUCUUAAAGAUCAUUGUAAAGAUAAGCUUGAAAAAGAUCUGGCUAUGAGUGCUGACAAGGCUGCUGAACUCAAACACAUUCUUGCUGUUCUGGAUGAUCUUUCAGCUGAGGAACUCGGUGCAAAGAUCAAGGAAUAUGGCAUUACCUCAAUUGGUUCUUCUGGCGUGAGCCCUGGGUACAUGCGUCCUGAAACAGCACAAGGCAUAUUUGUUAACUUCAAAGACUUAUACUAUUACAAUGGGAACAAGCUACCCUUUGCUGCUGCUCAAAUUGGUCAAGCUUUCAGAAAUGAGAUAUCUCCUCGACAAGGUCUUCUAAGAGUUCGUGAAUUCACACUUGCAGAGAUCGAACACUUUGUGGAUCCUGAUGAUAAAUCACACCCAAAAUAUUCUGAAGUUAAAAACCUCGAGUUUCUUAUGUUCCCAAGGGAUUUACAAAUGUCAGGCCAAUCUGCAAAAAGACUUUGUCUUGGUGAAGCCGUUUCUAAGGGGAUUGUGAACAAUCAAACGCUUGCAUACUUCAUCGGAAGAGUAUAUCUAUUUUUGACACGUUUAGGGAUCGAUGAAGAACGUUUGCGUUUCAGGCAGCAUCUUCCAAAUGAGAUGGCCCACUACGCUGCAGAUUGUUGGGAUGCUGAAAUCGAAUCCUCUUAUGGUUGGAUCGAAUGCGUUGGCAUUGCUGAUAGAUCUGCAUAUGACCUACGUGCACACACGGACAAAAGUGGUGUUGCUCUUGUAGCUCAAGAGAAAUUUGCACAACCUAAAGAAGUUGAGAAACUGGUUAUAACACCUAUUAAGAAGGAGGUUGGGCUUGCAUUCAAGGGUAAUCAGAAGAUGGUAGUUGAAGCAUUGGAGGCGAUGAGUGAAAAAGAGGCGAUGGAUAUGAAAUCUGUUUUGGAAACGAAAGGAGAGGUGGAGUUUGAAGUUUGCACUCUUGAGAAAACUGUUACAAUAACCAAAAAAAUGGUGACAAUAUCAAAAGAAAAAAAGAAAGAACACCAGAGAGUUUUUACACCUUCUGUGAUCGAACCUUCUUUUGGCAUUGGUCGCAUCAUCUACUGUCUCUAUGAACAUUCUUUCUACAUGAGACCAAGCAAAGCCGGAGAUGAACAGUUGAAUGUCUUCCGUUUCCCCCCUCUUGUGGCCCCCAUCAAAUGCACUGUUUUCCCAUUGGUUCAGAAUCAGCAAUAUGAGGAGGUUGCUAAAAAUAUCUCCAGAUCUCUGACUGCAGCCGGGAUUUCAAACAAAAAAGAUAUUACAGGUACGUCAAUAGGCAAAAGAUAUGCGAGAACAGAUGAGCUGGGUGUGCCGUUUGCUGUGACUGUGGAUUCCACGUCAUCAGUCACAAUCCGUGAAAGGGACAGCAAGGAUCAAAUCCGUGUCAGCAUUGAUGAGGUGGCGGCUGUUGUCAAGGAGGUUUCUGAGGGUCGUGCCACAUGGGCGGAUAUCUUGAACAAAUACCCUGCCCACACUUCUCUUUCUGUGAAGGAGGCGUUGUUGAGUUGCAAAUCUCGAAACUGA